CCUGGGGUGUUUGGGUUACAAGUACCGGGGCCCUAGCUGGUCACUGGUGUCUGGCUUUACACCUCCAGGCAAGGCCUUGUCCAGACUAGCCACACAUGCAAAGUGGGAUUUUAACGCUUUUACUUAGCACUAAUGUCAGGCCCCCUGUGCGUUUAGUCAAGCAACUAGACCUGAGCCUAGGCUUUGUGUGGGUGUGCACUGGGAUUGAAGCACGUGCUCUGCUGAAUCGGGGCCUUAAACAGGAUUGUUACUGCCAUCGGAGCAAGGAAAGGCAGUGAUUCCCCUCCCUUAACUCGCUCUAAGCUCUCAGUCACUGCCCGGCUGGGGCAAGCAGCAUUUUGCCCCUUGCUAUAUUUUUCUGUGGCAAUUUGCUAUAAAUAUUUGCCAAUGUGCUAUUGAGACUUUUGCAUAGUUUUGUCCUCCCUCCUACCCUCCAGGGAUUUCAUAGGGGAAAGGGAGAUGCUGGGGCAAGAGGGGGGCAGGUGAGGGAAGGGUGGAAGGGGCUACAGCACUCCCCACCCCUCAAAGCUAAUAGUUUCCUCGCUUGACGACUCCCUCAGAUGGUUUGUUAGAGGGACUGCCUUUUCCUGGACGAAAGGUGCUCAGUGGUCAAUGGCAGUGCAAUCUCUUCCCCGACCCCUGAACUUGGGGAAGCAGUGGGUCCAGGACAGGAUGGAUUCGACAGAACCUAUCUCCAGAGCAGGGAGGUAGAUUGGGUUUCCCACUGGGUUUCACAUAGACAUCAAAGCUUCUCCCCUCCAGAUGGGAGGAGAGCAUAGUGACCAGCCAUACCGCCCGCUCCCUCCCCAGGCUGGCCAAUCACCUCCUCACCUCUCUGGGAGGGGGUACCAGCUAGCUCUUUUUAGCCAAUGAGAAAGGAAUCCUUCCCGCCCCCCCCCCCCCGCCCAGCCUCCACGAGUCCUGCUGAGGGGGGUGGGGAGGAGGGGUUUAAAAUCCCAGAAGUAUCUCCAUCCCUUCCCCAGUGAGUCCCAAUGACAAGCAGGUCUGGGCCUGAUGCUAGGUGCUGGGCUCCAGGGCUUUGCUGUGGGAUUCCCAGAGGACGGCAGAGAGGAAGCCAGACACCAUGAGCUCGGUCCCCAGCCACCAGUGGCUGGACCAUGUCUUCAGCGCAGUGGAGAGCGAGUUGGAAAUGGGCCCUGAGAAAGAGGAUGCCUCGGAGAGGGAGAUCAAGGUGGUGCUGGAGGAGAAAGAGCUGUGGAUGAACUUUAAGGAGCUCACCAAUGAGAUGAUAGUCACCAAAACUGGCCGGAGAAUGUUCCCAGUGCUGAAGGUCGGCAUCUCGGGCCUGGACCCCAAUUCCAUGUACUCUAUCCUCCUGGACUUUGUGGCUGCAGAUGGGAACCGCUGGAAGUAUGUCAAUGGAGAGUGGAUUCCUGGUGGCAAGCCUGAGCCCCAGAGCCCAAGCUGCGUCUACAUCCAUCCCAAAUCCCCCAAUUUUGGGGCUCACUGGAUGAAAGCCACCGUCACCUUCAGCAAAGUCAAGCUCUCCAACAAGAUGAAUGGAGGGGGGCAGAUCAUGCUGAACUCCCUCCACAAGUAUGAGCCCCGCGUCCACAUUGUGAAGGUCGGGGGGCCUCAGAAAGCGAUCAGCAGCUUUGCUUUCCCGGAGACCCAGUUUAUUGCCGUCACUGCCUAUCAGAAUGAGGAGAUCACUGCCUUGAAAAUUAAACAUAAUCCCUUUGCAAAAGCUUUCCUGGAUGCCAAGGAGAGGUGCGAGUCCAAAGACGUUCUGGACCCCAGCAACGAAGCUCAUCAGUCUGGCUAUUCACAGCUUGGGGGUUGGUUUCUGCCAGGCACCAGCUCUUUCUGUUCCUCUCCUGCCCAGUCUGCGUUCUCAGGCAGUCCUGGCCUCUCGUCUGGCCACAGCUCAUACUGCGAGACACACUCCAGCCUGCGGAACCAGAGGGCCUCCCCUUAUCCGAGCCCAUACAGCCAGAUCAACGCCUCACCGACUAAUUAUGUAGAUAACUGCACUGGCCUCUCUAUGGUACCUGCCCCUGACAGCUGGUCUGGCCUGAGUCUCUCCACCUCUGUGGGGGUUCUACCCAGCACUGCCUCUACCACAAGUCAAUAUCCCAGCCUGUGGUCCAUCACCAGCAACUCUAUCGGUCCUGCUCCUCAGUCCAGCUCCAACCCCCAGUUCCUGAGAGGAUCUUCGGUCUCUUAUAGCAGCUUGGCCUCCAUUAUACCAGCCCCCUCCACAUCCCCAGUCUAUGACAAUGCUCUGGCAGAGGUGCCCUCGAGUGAUGGUCAGUAUGACUCCGAUUCCCGUCUGGCAUCCACUUGGGCAACAGUCACGCAGACAUUGAUGCUGAGAAGCUGCCCUCUUCCAUCUUCAAAAACAACUGGAAAGAAGCUGGCGAGGGCAAAGAAGGGGCAGCUGAACAAUGGCGUGAACCUCUACUCUCACAGCACAUAGCUGGUUGCAUAGUCCUACAAGAUGAGAACAUGUUUCAGAACCUCCGCUCUUUAAAGGUUGUGGCAUAAUAUGGAAGACAGACUCUUACAGAGCAACCAGAGGAUGAUACAGGUGGUAAUCUGUGCUCAGCAGCACUAGGGCAUGUCUCCAAGGAGAGAUUUAGCUUUCCAAACUAUGGGGGUAAAGCUAAGAAAGAUGCAACCUGUCUGACUCUCAGGAUGGUGGAGUAAAUGAGUGCUGUCUUGUAGAGCUCAUGUCCCAGCAUAACAACGUCCAGCCAGUCAGCAUGUUAUCACUUGCACACAGCAGUCCCAAACAAGGGAAAUAAGAUCUUCAAAUGUGUGGGCCCAGAUCUUGAAAAGCUAUGUUAUUAUAGAACUUCACUUGUAAAUAAACCUUUCUGAAAACUAAGUGUUGUUUGCUUUUUGCUGAAGAUUAAAACCCUCCAAGAGUUCUUACAGACGCAAGUGCUGAUAAGGGGGUUUGGAGCAAGUAUAAAAAUUUUUGGAAUAGGGCAUCCUGGCUGUAAGAAAUCACCCUCUCAAUUUACCCCCUUCCUGCUCCUCCCUUAUGGAAGUUGAUCUCAGAUACCAAGACUGUGCUUCCUCCAAAUUAAGCAGCCGACCGCAUGUGUUCCCCAGAAGUUUGGCAAAUCCUCUACUACAACUAACUAUAGGGCAAACCUCGAACUUUAAUAGAGACUCAUCCACACACAUAAUAAGCCAUUGGCCUAUUGUGACCGAUCAUUAUAGCCCCUUCCUCUACCUCUGCUCUCAAAGCUCCUUAAAAUGUGUAUGAGCCUGUUAUUCAAAUCCUUCCCAGAUCCUACUGGAAAACCAACCCAGAAAGCGGGGGGGGGGGGACACAACAAAACACCCAACAAAACAAUAUAAUGUCAUAAAAUGCAGUGCUUAGAAUGCUUAAGAGUCCAUCCAGUAUCCAUCCAGGGGACUUGAUCCUGUCCUUAUUGGGGGAUCAUGAGCUCCACGAAUCAACAGGGCUUUGCCACCUCUAGUCAGUGUGAUCCUGUGCCUCUGUACUCACUUCACCCUCCACUCCCUGCCUCUUCCUCUACGGUCACAGACCCAGAGCUACAGGUAAUAAAGUGACUGGAAUAAAAAUAUAUAUUCAUUAAUAGUAAGAAAUACUAUUCACCAUUUUAGCGUGGGUCAAACUUUACUAUGCCCCUAGGGAAAGGGGAAGAGAGAGAACACACUGUGCUUCAGUGAGAUGUCAUCUAACAAAUAUUAUAAAAAAAAAUAAAAAAUUU